UUUAGAGGUCUGAAUAGAAACUCACUAAAAUUAUCUAAGUUGUAGGUCCCUCUCCACUGUCCAUCUACCGCCUAGCGAUUUUUGAAACACUAGAGUAACCCACUAGCACAGAUGAACCUUAAUGCCAAAUAAUUAAAUAGUUCUCUUUUGGUGUCUCAAACUUUCGAUUACCUCCGACCUCCCAACCCGGUCAUUCCUCCAAAAGCUUUAUAUAUUGCCUCAAGCCCUCAAGGGAAGUUCAUUCUCAGGCUCUGCCACAUCCGAAGUCCAUACCUUAACAAAGAUCUUCUAGUACUCUCAUUUUAUAAAGCCAUGGCUUCCGUGAUCAGAGUCUUGGCUCUGUUGGUAGCGACGAUGGCUAUGGUGCUGCAGGUUUCGAAUGCGACUGUAUACAAGGUUGGAGACUCGGCUGGAUGGACCACCAUGGGAAAUGUCAACUACAAAGAAUGGGCUGCUACUAAGACUUUCCGAGUUGGAGACGUUAUCAAAUUCGCAUACAAUGCUCAGUUUCACAAUGUGCUUCGAGUUACACAUGCCAUGUACAGGUCAUGUAACGCUUCAGUCCCUUUGGAAUCCUUUAGCACCGGAAACGACACCAUCACAAUCAAGACCAAAGGCCACCACUUCUUUCUUUGCGGUGUUCCCGGUCACUGCCAAGCCGGUCAGAAGGUCGACAUCAAUGUUCGCAAUGUAUCAACCGCUCCAACUCCUUCUGCAUUACCCUCUCCUACUGCAAUUACUGCCAAGACUCCCGCACCGUCUUCAAAUAUGGCUGCUCCCCACAAAUUUGUGAAGGGACAAUCUGCGUUGCUAGGAUUAACAAUUGCAACUCUUUCAUUUUUUGUUUCUAGUUAAAUAAAUGUUGUAAGGAGUGCCCUUAAGGGCUUAAGUUUCUUGAUUGCUUUAUUAUGGGCAUUUGAGCUUUUCAAGGAUAUUAUUUUUUUAGGUCGGUAUGGUAGUGAAAUUUUGCUUCUUGAAAUAGAGACAUACAACGUAUAUCGGCAUAUGGAUUACAACAAUUUCAAAUAAAUUUCAGAAAUUAUUUUA